AUGUUGGUGUACUGCUCCAAAAAAUGCAAGCUCACACACCAACCUAGUCACGCCCCUUUAUGUGCUGCGUAUAAGAGAGCCGCGACGUACCACCGGAGAUUGAACCAGGAGCAGCAGGAGUACGCUUUGUUGACUGCGGCGUGCAUUAAGCUCAUCACCACAGCCACCGAUGUGGACAACCGCUGCGGACUCCAUGUCUUGUUGAACGAGAGAAGGCCUGGACGCGUCCCGGAUAAGUUUCUGUUUGAUAACCAGAUUAUCUCCGCCUUGCGCUCCGGUGACCCCGCGCCGAUCACUAUUCGGGGCUGGUCAACGUUCGACCUGAGGUCGGCGGACACGCCCCCCACUCCUCCACAAGAUCUUCUCUGGUUGCCCAUACAAGAAACGUUGAACGGCUGGACCCCUGACUCUCUCGAGGCCGUAGUCGGAAUUUGCGACACCAUUGUAACUUGGACAUGCAUUUGCGACCAGCCGUGGCGCUGCACAAUGGAUGAGAAGAUUGCGGUCUGCAGGCAGGUGCUGCGUGCGCUCCAGUCUCACUGCCUCGCCUUGAAGCUCCGACCAAACAUCGACCCAACUAUUUAUACAGCAGUCCAAGAACUGCCCCCGGAAAUGGAAGAUAAACGCCUGGACGCCGUCUUGCAGCUGGACCGACGUCGAAGCGGCAGCAUAGAUAGCUCUUGCCCUGACCUGCCGACUCCCCCUUGUGAUAUUCGAUCUCUAUUUCCCAAGCUUUCCCUCGUCGCACACGCGUGUGCGCCCAAUUGCUAUUUGUAUGUCAAAGGUCAAAUUGGUUAUCUAACGGCUCUCCGCGACCUCCGGGUGGACGAGGAAGUGACUGUGGCCAAGGUGUCGCCCCUACUGCCUAAGGAGGACCGUCAGAACCUGCUGAAGCACCGGUUCAGCGUCCAAUGUUCUUGUCGCCGCUGCGCAGGGCCGUUGGAGUUGGAAGACGUGCAUUCAGUUGCGCGGGAUCUGGCCGGGAUUAUACCUGAUAGUGCCCUGAUAAAUUCCAUAUACGAGAACCAGAACGCUUACUGCUUUAUUGAUGAGGGUUUAAGACAAACGGUCUCGUCAGGCCCGCCAGAGACAGGAGGGUACACGGCGUCCCGCAGCUUCCCAAACGCCAAUCCCAACUACGGCCUAAUCGACCACUCGAAGCUGACGCCGGCCGGCUGGCUGGAAGAAGGCGACACUCGUCCCUCUACUCGACCUUCUACCAGACCCUCGACUGCCCAGUCAGGCGCUAUGCACCGGGCAUCAGUCCAGCCUUUGAAUGAGCAGAUGGUGCAGCAAAUCGGCGCGGUGAAGGCCUUAGUGAACGAGGUGGAAUUCCAGGCCUCGGCGCGAUCGUUCGACGUGGUAUGCGUGGCGUCUGAGCGCGCACUGGAGCCGAGUUUGCAUCCGUUGAACCUCCAUCUCUAUGACCUGCGUCGGCGUCUGACGGAUUGGAAGCACUUGGCGAAACAGCUCGUGUUCCUUACCUUUAUUUACCGCGACUGCGAAAACCAUCUCGAGCGCCUCGAAAUUCUGGACCGCUACGGGGAGGCUCUACGCUCGGAAUUCAACAGCGAAAAGGGCAAGUUGCGCAACUUAACCGGUUUGCGCUCGGACCGGGUGCCGGCUACGCAGCAGACGCCCCACGACAGCAGCUCCCGGAACGCGAACGUCGUACCCGCCUUCAGUAAUCCGCUUGCAGACGUGGACUACAUGCUCGCGUACCUGAAAGCGUUGUAUACGGAGAUUGAGUUCGGCUAUUACUGUCUGUUCGGCCGGGAUUUUUCGAAAACCAGGGCGGCUGGCCAAAUUCUUACGGACCUCAACAAACAACACGCCCGAAGGUCGCGUCCUUAG